AUGUCUGAGAAAGGGAAUUUGAAAGUGAUUGAUUUGUCUCAACGAAUCCAAAAAAUGCAAACCUCAUUACCUAAACCUGAACCACUGAGUGACUUUUCGUCGACAACCCCUGGACGAAAGUUUUCCAAUGUUGGUCCAUUAGAGGUUGAUAUCUAUUUUGUCUUGUUCUCGGACGAAAUGAUACCAGACGUCGAAAAAAUUGGCUCGGCUCUAAUAUUCGUUGUUACUCGCAUUGGUGAUCGCGCUCUGUCUGUCACAAUGCACAAUCACUGGACACUUGACCUUGACCUUCAUCACUAA